UUCGUCUAUGCCCCCAUGGUUGCAUGUCUGUACUCUGUCACUUGUGAUCAUUUUGCCGCUUUCCGCUCAGAUAUAUUUACAACUUUUACUAGUUGUCUCUGGUGUUUGUAUCUUUGUUUUUGUACAGUAUUUAUGUAUGAGUUGUUUAGGGUAGAAAAAUACAUUAAAUAAAAUGGCUGUUAAUACAGAACAUUGUGAAAAACUCGAAGAACUGGUAAAAGAUAAGAAUAACAUAGUGACUGUACCCUUCUAUGCCGCAACAGCAAAUAUUCCUUGGGACGAGUCUCAAAAAGCACUGGAAAAGUUCUUUGAGGCUAAUAGGAAUUCAGGAAAAAUACAUGCAACUUAUGUUUUAAAUGGUAUCAGGAAGGACAAUGGAAAUGUGUCAGUUGUUCAAAUUAAGGAUGAGGCUUUAAAGCAACAAGAAAAACUAUAUGUAAAUGCCCCAGCCAGUGUUAUAUUUAGUAUUCAGAAAACAAAUGACAUAGACUUUAAUAUUAUAUCUUCAGUACAGCCUAAAUCAGAUGCCUUUAGUCAUGAAUUCAAAUCAGGUUUGGUUAUUGGAAAGAACUGUGUGAAAAGGAAACUUUUGAAGAAGGUGUUGCCCCCAUUGCCGACUGCCACAAUAAAAGGCAAAUCUACAGUAUUUAUGAAGCAGAACGGUUCGGACAAAAAGGCAAAUAAUUGUGAUAUAAAGGUUGGGAAAUCUGAAGCUACAUCAGCGGACAAUAAGUCAAACGGAAAGUCUUCAAUGUUUAUGAAGCAGAACAGCUCAGCCAAAAAGGCUAAUAAUAUUGAUAUAAAGGUUGAGAAAUCUGAAGUCACACCAGAACAUAACAAAACUCAGGCGAAUUCUAAGGGCAGUAUUACAAGUCUUUUCAAUAAGGCUGCUCAAGCUAAUGCAGCCAAACAAAAGGCUACUGAGCCGAAAGCUCUGCAAAGGAAUGAUGGUUUAUUAAAUUCCGUUACAAAGCAAGCCACUAAAGAAAUUGCACCUGAGACAGUUAAGCCCGAAGAAUUAAAAGUAGACGUUGGCGAAUGUAAUUCAAAUAAAACAAUAAAAACUGAACAUGGAAAGGUCCUGAAAAAGUCAGAUUUAUUUGAUUCAGAUACCGAUGAGGAGAUAUUUAAAGAUUUGGAAAUUCAUGAUUCGAAACCUGUUAAAAGUGAAGUUAAACCCGGCCCAAAGAAAACAUCAACAUAUCAAAAAAAUAAAAAGCGACCAAGUACUAGUUGCAAUGAUAAAUCAGCGAAAAAAAGGAGAAGAAUCAUUGUGGAGGAAUCUGAAAGCGAUGAUAUGUUUGCAUCAGAUCAGUCAGAAAAUGAAAUGGAAUCUGUGAAUGACGAACCAGAACCGGAAAAAGAUGUCAAGCCAAUUUUACCCAAAAAUAAACGGAGAAAAUCGGUGAAGAAAACCUACGAAGAUGAUGAAGGUUUUAUAGUGACUCAAACCGAGUACGUAUACGAAACAGCAUCAGAGGACGAAAAUGACCCAAACAAUAAAAUUCCUCGACCAGAAGAAAAGCCUCUAAAAAAUAAAACCGAGGAAAAAGUUGUUAAUAAAUCUGAAAAGGAAAUUAGCCCGAAUAAGGCUGCCAAAGGAAAGAAAUCUACCAAAAAAAUUCCUGCAGCAAAUCAAUCCACUCUCACUAGUUUCUUUAAAAGGAAGUAAGUGUCAUGUGUUUAGAAACAAUUAAUAUAUUAUUGCAGAAAUAAAUGUGUUUUGCUUUAAUACACAUUUCAAAAGCUAAGGAAUUAUUUUUCCAACCCGUGGAAGAACCCACAAGCGUAUCGACCGUAUUCAUUUAACUGUAUGCAUUAACUUACCUCAAUAGGACACCGAAGCAAUGAACCAUGCUUUAAUUUUUAAUACUUUAAUUUUUAAAAGUACGUAUAAACGGUUUGGAAAUAAAUACGUACCAGCGGAGAAGGAGGUAAUAAACGACCGAUUCUUAGCUUAGAUAAAGACAAAUACAUGAAUUCUUAGGUGUCUGUCUCUGUUAAAACCAAAGGUUGGUACGAGUUCCGCCACAAUAGUAUACAGGGUGAUUCACGGUCGAUGGCGUAUUAAACGUUUAAGGAGAAUCAUAGAUAAAGACGAGUAUAGAUUACCAACUCUCUAGCACAAUGUGGAAACAAUGUCUAUCCUACCGCCAUCUAUUAUGAACCUAGACACAACUGCGCCACGUCCUUUUUGCGGGGUUUGCGUCUCUACUACUACUGUUCAGGGUUUGCAUCCUUGCUAUUGUCGGCCUACCCAUUACUUAAAUUGGAAUUAAGAUAUGUUUAAUAUUCAGUUUGAUAUAUUUGUACAGAGGCAAGACUUGUUUCUGAUUUAUAAACAAAUUUAUCAAAUUGAAAAUAAACAUGCUCCUAAUCUCAAUUAAAGUACUGGGUAGUGAUUGGUGUUUGGAUAUGUUGAUAAUAAAAACUUCAUAAGCA